AUGAGGUCAAUGAAACCAGCACAAUCGUUGCAAUCAAGGGGGUUUGCGCAAUCGAGAGGGGCCCAGCCGCAAACCAAUGGCCCGACCUCUGUAAGGGCAUACAUACAUCAAGUUCGGUCGUUCCUGGGCAAGAGGAAAUCCGAAGACGACCACGAGCCCAUUGCAGCACCCGACUAUCCCCCUCCCGACAUGGACGACGACGAGCCGUGCGACUCUGCCAAAGAUGGAGACAGCGAUGGGAACAGUGAGGUCUGGGAUGAUUGGGGCUCCCCUGAACACCUGGACGGGGACGACGCCUUGUCGAUAGAUGGGACGGUAGACCGGUCAAAGAAGCGAAAAAAGGCUCCGGUGUCUGCCGUCUUCAUCCACGCAGGGGCUGGGUAUCACAGCACCGCCAACGAGAGGGUCCACCUCGAAGCUUGCCGCGAGGCUGCGCGUGUGAGCAUGAGGCUUCUAAAGGGGGGCCAUACGGCCGUUGAUGCUGUCGAGGCCGCCAUCAAGGUCCUCGAAGACAAGGAGAUCACCAAUGCCGGUUACGGAAGCAACCUGGCGAUCGACGGUACUGUCGAAUGUGAUGCUACCCUGGUCGACCAUCUAGGACGAAGUGGUGCUUGUGGUGCCGUACCCAAUAUCAAGAACCCAAUCAGCCUCGCCAAGACCAUCUUGGAAAGCAGCAACAAGCCGCUCUCGUUACGACGCGUCCCUCCGAACCUCCUCGUCGCCAACGGCGCCAAGGACUUUGCGUGGGAAUCGGGAAUGGCGCUUGUCCCGAACGAAUGGCUGGUUUCGAAGAACGCCCGUGACCGUUAUGUCAGAUGGCAGGAAGAUCUGAGGCGGGCUGAAGGCAAGGGCCCUACAGCCACAGUCACAGUCACCAGUAGCGAGGAUGUUGAGCCAGCACGGCGAGAACAUACCAGUGCUAUCUUGAUGGGAACGUGGAACGAAGGACAGCCGGAUUCGCCCGCCACCAGUUCGCCUUCCUGGCGCAGCACGCCGCAAAUGCCUCGAUCGCCCAUGUCACCCGGAACGGGGCUCACCUCGCAGCCUUCGGCGCGGGGCACACCCGAUACCAGUCGCAGUCCCCUGAGUUUCCUAGGUUCCAAGGUGAUGACGACGGUAUCAUCCAAGCGACAGCGGUUCGCCUCGGCACAGAGCAACGAUGCGGAGAAGAGCGAUAGCAUCACCGACACCGUGGGGGCUAUUGCUAUUGACCAACAAGGCCAUCUUGCGGCGGGCUCGUCCUCGGGGGGCAUCGGCAUGAAGCACCGAGGUCGCGUCGGACCGGCGGCUCUGGUAGGCAUCGGAACCGCCGUGAUCCCACCCGACUCUAAGGACAGGGACGGCGUCUCGGUGGCGGCCGUGACCAGCGGGACAGGCGAACAUAUGGCGACCACCAUGGCGUCGCAAAAGUGCGCAGAGCGCAUCUACCACCAGACACGCCGUGGCCCUGGCGGGCAGGAUGUCGAGGAGCCCGACGAGCGCGAGGUGUUGGAGAGCUUCGUCUUCAACGACUUCCAGGAACAUCCGGGCGUCAAGAAUUCGUGCUCGGCGGGCGCAAUCGGGGUCAUGGCGGUCAAGAAGGGUCCUCGGGGUUUUUACCUGUACUUUGCGCACAAUACAGACUCGUUCGCAUUGGCGUCGAUGGGCUCCAACGACCGGGAUCCGGCCUGCGUCAUGUCCCGCAUUAUUGAGGGGGGCAACGGCAUUGCUCAGGGCGCUCUCAAGAUUGACGUCUGA